AAGUUAUUCAAAUCUUCUGUCUGUUCUCGUGCGAAAAUGCAUCGCAGCUUUCCAGUAGAAAAUGACGGCCCCAAAAGGAGUAUUCAUAUUGAUGAUCAUAAUAAUGACAAAGAAAAACCCGUCAUUGUGCCACAAAUAUUACUUAACGACUCAAAUAUUUCAGAUGUUGAAAAGCUUGAUAAAACAGAGAAUUUGGACUGUAUAGUGGAUGCUUUGAGAUGUGCACUUGCUAGUUCUGAGAGACAUGUGGAAUCUGAAAACCAUUAUAAGAACGAUAUUAAGAAUCUACUCACUGAAGCUAAAUCGUUGCAGGCAAAACUCAAAGAAAAGAAAUACUUUAUAAUAAAUCAUUUUCAGGAUGUUUUUUCGAAUCUUACGGAAGAAAAGUGAAAUGACAUUAAAGUCAAUUACGAAUCAUUUAUAACGUUUAAGUUCUACAUUUUGUCAGAAUAGAUUCGCAUUUUGUACGCUACCGGCUCAAAACUUCAUAGUAAUGAGAGCUUUUUAACGAUAUAUUAUUAAACUAUAGAAUAGGCAGACAUCUAUCAGAAAAAUAGUGAACAUUGAUUUAUAAACGGGAGAGUUAUUUGUGGUGACCGGGAUCAAUUUCUUGUUCGAUAUCUCUAUAAACUGAUAAUAUUCCAGUUCAUAUUUUUGGUUCUGUAAAACAAAGUCAGUGAAAGCAUCCUUGAUAUACUUAAACUAUUAACAAAA